CCGACCGAACCCUUCCUCCUAAAAAAAAAACCCCUCACGCGGCCAAUUCUUCUCGUGCCGAAUCCUCUCCCCCGAGCCUCACCUCACGACGCCGUUGAGCCCCUCUACCCCUACCCGAAACCCCUUUCCUUCUCCUCUACUUCCGACCCUUUCCUUUACCUCUUCUUCUCACGUGAUAGGAGCAGACUACGCCCCUCUUUGCCGCGGGACGCUACCACACCGAACGCCUUCUCGCACCAACCCCUCACCGGUGCCCUAGUUGUUCUUGACAUCGAUUCCUUUUUCCUCUUUCUGCUCGCGUCGCCUCGGUGGCCACAGCCAACACCGACAGCCAGCCAGCCUUCCAUCGUCGCUGCCCUCUACUCAGACUCAUCAUCGCAGCAGAAGCAUUCUUGGUAGCUGUCGGUAGAGGUCCUAGGACAGUAAAACUCUUUGCAAACAAAGAGCAUAUGGGCUUCAGUAAUGUUAAUGAUUAUCCACCAAGCGACUCUCUUAGUUUAUCACCCGACGAUCUAAAGGGGAAGCCAGUCACAUUGAAGUACGUCAAGUUUCAAAAUGUUCGCAGCUUAACUAUUUUUAUCGAGGACAACCAUGGUGGUGGUGAUAUCUCAAAAGUUCAGAAGAUUUUACUCCAUGGAACAACGGUGGAUACAACCAAUAUGAAAGACUUGAAAAAGAUAGAAGAUCAUUAAUAAAAGAUCUGCAUUUCCAACCAAUGACAUGCAAAAGAUGAACAACGCUCUGUACCCAAAAGGAAUAUCAUGAAAUUGAACGAGUGUCUAUCUUGUAGGUUCUGCAGAAUGCUUUGCCCUCUUGCUUUUGGUAAUCCUCCAUGACUAUCUGGGACAAUUGAUUUUAUUUGCCGUAUGGUGGAACAUCAUUAACGAUAGUAAAUUUGGUGUCACAAUUUGAGAGGA